GCUCUUCAGUCAAGGAGACUUCCAAGAUGGCGGUGCCUCUCAACUUGUCUGGUGAGGGCCCGGCCUUUAGCGACAGCGAUAUGAGUGCAGACGAGGGUUCAUCGUCCACUACAAAUCAAAAUAUAAGUCUUCUCAGUCUACUCAAGCAGGAAAAUAGAGUAUUAAAAAUGGAACUAGAGACAUGCAGACUUCGCUGCAAAACCCUUCAAGAAGAGAACAGAGCGCUCCGCCAAGCCAGUGUUUCUAUCCAAGCAAAAGCUGAACAAGAAGAAGAGUUCAUCUCCAAUACAUUACUCAAGAAAAUACAGUUAUUAAAGAAAGAAAAGGAAACGUUAGCAACAAACUAUGAACAAGAAGAGGAGUUCCUGACCAAUGAUUUGUCCAGGAAGUUAGCUCAGGUAAWGCAAMAGUGUGAUAAUUCAAAUUUCUUAUGUUGAACCAGAAACCUWUAAGGGACUUGAAACGUGUAGCACC